AUGAGCACGAGCGCUACCGUCGAGCCCGAGCAUCAAAGCGGAGAGCACCGCCUGCAGGGUCGCAAGGCCGAAUCUAUUGAGAUAUCGACAGACCCGGUUCUCAAUUGCAACCACGCGAAGCUCGAGACUAUUGGUGUUUGGCUUUUGGACGCCCUCGCGGGACUCGCCGUCUGCAAGGCGAGGGGCCAGGUGGUUGCCGUAGGUGUCACAAUCACCCAAGAACUUGUGACACUUCACGUCGCCGAAAACCGCCCCGUUCCACAGAACGUCAUCGACCACCUGGAGGACAUCGUGUGUCGCAAGGACCCCCGAAAACCCCCUCAGAGGUCUGUUCCGCCCUCUGAUCUUGGGCCCCGCGUAGUCGCCGGCUCUAAUUUCCCGUCCCCGUCCCCGCGAAAAUUUCGGACCGCGGCGCUGACGCGCCGCCUUCGUCCCCGCGCAAAAAUCAGACCUCAUAGGGAGUUUUCGGGGGUCCUGUGUCGCAUCAAGGAGAUCCGUUCGCUUACACCCCGCAUACCGGACUCUCCUCCAUACGUUGAGGACCCCGUUCUUUCCGAAAAGCUCGAUGAUCUGGAGGAGCGGAUGAUCAAGUAUGCGUGGCCUAAACUCAGGCAACGCUUCCACAAGCGAGACGACGACUUCAACAAGCUCCUUCGAGACGUCGUCUACGAGGACGGCAACGUACACGCCGAGGCGGACCGCAGCAACCCGCCCGAUGAUCACACCCUCGCAGUUCGUCAGCGUCUCCUCGAGGAUUUGCGAAACUCAGAUACGCGCGAAAAGCUCACCAAACUUGCGGAGGCGUUGAACUUGAUGAAGGUUCUCCGGAAGGUCGUGACGCCGACACAAAGGGUCACGGUACCUGUGCGGGUAGCGAUGCACCUUCUGAAGACAUUAUACGACGAAGGUGUCGUCGACGUGUUGAACCUGUGCACGCUUUACCUUAGCCGUCCCAGCUACGACUUGGCGCGUUGGAUCAAUAAACUUAUCACUCCGCACCGUAACUUCACCUCCGUGUCUCGACUCGCCAUGUCGACUUCUCUCGCAUCGCUUAUCGACUCAAAGGUCGAGGUCGUUGCCGUCGAUCCCCAACCGCCCGUCUCCAUCUCUGUCAACAUCACACAGGAUACGAUUCGGCAAGCUGCACAGGAGUCCGGGUGGAAGAAAGAUGAGGAGAAGAAUAGCACGGGGAAGUCGAUCGGUGAUGUCGUCUUGGAACAGGUCUUCCUCGACCUUCCAAACAACCUUCGGUUGCCGAGACAGGAUGUGCAUCCUACGCAGAUACAGCCCAAGUAUGAGUCUGUAUACUCUCACUGUGAGUGUACGCUCCUUGCGAGCCUCCACGGACAGGCCGGCCUCUACGCGUACUUCGGUGUCUCGAAACUGUCAUGCGCUCUGUGUGGCGAGUGUUUUGCGGCGUACAGGUCAGUGACGAAGUUGAAGAUCAACACUCGCGGCUCCAACAGUCAACUCAUCGCCCCAUGGGUGUGCCCUAAGUUCUCUGAGAAGAACAUUGAGAUGCAGGGGAGGAUGAGGGCAUCAAUCCUUCAAAAGAUCUCCAACGGCCUGGAGGCCCUGCAGUCUGCAAAGAAGGCUCGGCAGAGAUUUCAGAGGUCGGUGGCCUCCGAUGACAACUAUGUUGAACCGGAGAUAAAGGAUGACGAAUUGACCCUCGCCAACCUAAUAAUGGAGGAAGUCAUGAAUGCGUAG